AUGAAAAGAGAAGAGACCGUCAAGAAUCGGCAUAUAUUCGCCGAUAAAAGAUGGAUCGUCCCUCUUGUCAUCGCCGGUUCCAUAGUUGUCUCCAGCUUCGUAAAAACCGCCGAUUACUCCAUCCUUUGUUCGCUUGCGAAAACCAGAUCCAUGGCCAUUGACAAAUACUCCGCCACGCCGAUCCAACUCCAAGCCAUCAUCCACUACGCCACUUCACAGAUCAUCCCCCAGCAGAACUUCCAAGAGAUCUCCGUAACAUUCGACGUGCUCAAGAAACGAUCUCCUUGCAAUUUCCUCAUCUUUGGACUCGGCUACGACUCCCUCAUGUGGACUGCACUCAAUCCUAAUGGGAAUACUAUAUUCCUGGAAGAGGACCAGAAAUGGGUCCAGAGUGUGCUCAAAGACGCGCCGAGCCUACACGCGCACGCCGUCAAGUACCGUACGCAGCUCAAGGAAGCCGACGAUCUGCUCACCCAUUACCUGUCGGAGCCGAGCUGUUACCCUUCGAAAGCUUACUUGCGCGGAAACGACAAGUGCAGGCUUGCCUUGACGGGAUUUCCUGAUGAGUAUUACGAUACCGAGUGGGAUCUGAUAAUGAUCGAUGCGCCGCGUGGAUGGUACCCGGAGGCCCCGGGAAGGAUGGCGGCGAUAUUCUCGGCGGCAGUGAUGGCGAGGAACAGGAAAGGAUCGGGCGUGACGCGUGUGUUCUUGCACGAUGUUAAUCGGCGAGUGGAGAAGGUAUUCGCCGAGGAGUUCUUGUGCAGGAAGUACUUGGUGCAGAGCGUGGGGAGGCUUUGGCAUUUCGAGAUCCCGCCAGCUUCUAACAUGAGCAGCCUCGACAGCCAUCGGUUUUGCUAAAAUGCGCCCUUUUAAUUUUCUUAAUAAAACGCACU